AUGGAGAUUGUUUACUUUUGGAUGAUUUCCAUUUUUGCCGCGCAUUUCUGUUCUCUACAUUUUAUGAGUACGAGUUUACUCACACGAUUUCUCUCUCCCUCCCUCUCUCUUUUGGGACGAUAUCGGAAACGUAACAACAGUGGAACGUGGGAAACGUCCGUGGUGCACAACUACCGGAACUUUGUCCGCCACUGUGGCGUGGCGUUCGCGCGGUCGAAAUUAGAUGCACGCGUGGUGAGCGAAGCUUCGAAAACGGUGGUGGAUACGUGCGAGAUACGGUCGAUUUCGCACAGAGAGAACACGUUAGCGGACGUUUUGGUGAGCGAGAAUGGGGUUUCGCUGACGAAUAUAACGGAGAUUGGGAAGCGACGAGUGAUUGUAUACCCGGACGGGGCGACGAGCACGGUGGAGAGUCGAUGGGACGGCGACGUGUGGGUGGAGGCGGACGAGUUGAACUUGUUGGAGACCAGACGGUGGUUGGAGAAAGGUUUUUUGAUUAUAGCGAGAACGAUUAGCACGGAAAGUGGCGAGCAAGUGACGUCGACGUCGUAUUUUGAGCCGUGGAGUAACGCGAAAAGGAGGAGUAAGAGAAGGAGCGGGAUGAAGAGAAGGUUGGAUUCGAUGGUUGAGUUGGCGAGGGCAAAUUCGAGAGGCGAUUUGGCGAGCAUGUUCAAUAACGAAGACGACAACUACGGGAACGAAGAUCCUCGAGGUGGUAAUAGGAUGUUGCCGUCGACGUCGGAGGACGGGGAGUCGAUGACGAGCAUGGGUAGCGAACGAACGAGAGAGGAAGAGGAGGACAUCGAUUCGUCCUUGGAUUCGAGAAUCGGGUAUAGGAACAAAAACGGUCGAGGUGGUAAUAAUUAUUACUCGGACGAUAGCACGGUGUCGGAUCAAGACACGUUCGAUGCGACGGAGGAGUUUGAUAACGCCAGUUCGCAACAGCAAACGCACACGGGAACGGAGAAAUCGGGAAGCACGUCGUACAGUCAGUACAUUUUCGGAUUUUUCCAAAUGCCUGAUUUUUCGAGCUUUGGUUUAUCCUUGCCGACAUUUGACGAACUCUUUGGAAAUAAAAGUAAGCCGAAUCACACUGGAACGAACGGAAUGCAUGCAGGCGAUAACAUUAACUCGUUUGAUACUUCGUUUAACUCGGCUAAGAAUAGCGAUUACAUCGAGACGGCGAGAGCGUUUAAUCUUCCGUACACGGCGGAAUGUCUCGGAUCGUUCGAUUGCACGCUUUCGAGCGCGCAAGGCGUUUUGCGCGUGUUCCGCGAACCAUUUUGCGCGUGUUUUGAUGGCGGUGAAGGAAAGCGAUGGUUUGCACACGCGGGUGAUUUUCAGGCGUUACAAAUUAACGGCGAUCAUGAGAUUCUCGUCAAGUGGGUCACGGCGCAAAGUUUAGCGCAACAGAAUUCAUUGAAGAAGAAAAACAAGAGGAAGAAAGACUCGGGAACUCGAGCGACAGCUGUUCGAUUCCAAAAUUUCGGCGAGUUUCGAGACCAGGCGUUCGACUGCAUAGUAGCGAUGCUUGAAAGCGCGCCCGGGUUAGAAGCGAACGAGGACCAAUACAUGGAUACGGAGGAUAAUGAAUCUUUACACGGCAUGCGUCCGGAAUACGAAAGAGGUGCUAUAGCGGCGUUACAAGUUGGCUAUUAUCCAGAGCGGUUCGUGUUCGUUGAAAUAGAGUCUUUAUUAUUAGAUGAACGCAUGCGAGAUAGAGUAGGAAAACGAUCGAAACCGGUUAUAAACAUAUCGGUCGGUCAACACGCGUCUUCGGCAAAGACGACGCGAUUAGGAUACGACGUAGACAGCAUUCUAAAAGGAGGCGAUAGCAACGCGAGUGACUCUGGUGCACAAAAAUUUGAGGUGGAAAAGUUUUUCGCGUUUCCCGCCUCGGAUGUAGACUGCAAUGCUGGGCGCAUUGCGGUUGUCAUCACGGUGCCAGUUUUGAAAACUCAAGAUCCGGCGCACGGCGAAGAGAACGAGGACCUGGGCAGAACAUCGACGACGACCUACGCAACGUUAGCACUAGGUGAAGCUUCGAUCCCGUUGGCCAUUUUAGAAACGAGCUCGCGCGCGGCUGUGCCCUUCACCGCGAAUUUGUCCGCGGUGAAGAACAUCGAAGCGACGCUGCAAGACGUAAAUCCGAAACCGGCCACGAAGAAUGGAGCUAAAGGUGUCGGAAGCAUCCGAUGUCGCGCCUGGUUAGGCACGCGCUCGGAAGCUAUCGAGGUUGGCGCACCGAAUAUUCGACCGGAAACGCUCAAGCGCGGCAAGUCGAAGGAUUUUGCGUCCUCGAAAGCAACAAAGAAUUUACACAUGGCGUUGCACAACGUCGAAGACGACGACGCGGAUUCCUCGGACGAUGAGAAAGCAGCCGUUUUGUUCGGCGAAGGUCCGUUGCGCAAAGACGUAUCGAAUCGACCCAUCGUUCGAGUCGCUCCUAGAACGUGUAAAGUAUUCGUGCGCAUCAGUAGCGUGCGGGGUAUUCCCGAAGCCGAAGCCGGAAAGAAUUCUAACGGCGUCGUUUUGAGAUGUUCGUUGUUGAACGACUCGCGAGAUUUAGGCAUCUUCAAAGCGAAAAAAGCGGGACAGCCGGCGACUCGUUUCUUUCUCGGCGAUGGCAACAUGAAAGAAGCGGAAGACAGCGACGUCGUUUGCUUUGAAGUGGAAGAACCAAUUGUUAAUGCCAUCGUGAAAAUCGACGUCUACUCGAAUAAAGAAGGCGCGAAGAACGUCAAGAUUGGACGAUUUUGCAUCGAUUGCUCUGGAAUGCCAAAGACAGUGUGCAAAGACUCUAGAUCGAGCUUUUUCAAGAUCAACCAAAGAACGGGCGUUCCGUUGUCGCUCGGCAAUGGCAAGUUCAAGUUGUUGAGAUCCCCGAAAAAAGCGAAAGUGAAAGCAAGCGUCAACGUGGACGCGAACGGUGAGUUUACUUUCGCGGGUAAAUCGAAAUUAAAACCGCUUUCGACCUUGUCCGGGUUCACGGCUACUGAGAGCGCCGAUCGAUCGGGCACGACGGUGACGAGCGCGACCGGUAACGUCGCCGCGCGAUCAGAUGGCGCCUCGAUGUCGAAUACAUCUUUCACAAACGGAAGAAGCAUCGAGCCGAACGAUGUGGAAUAUUUGGGCGAAGUUAAAGUCGCGACGCGAAUUGUUCGUUCGAUUGACCCGCUCGCCACUCCAAUUGUUGGUUCUACGCGCGUCCGGAUUUUGAAAAUGAGACACGUUCCGUCGGGAUCGGCUCCAGGGAUUGCGAUUCGACACGACCUUUCAUGGGCUUGGUUACCAAACGCCUCGGCGAGAUCUCCCGCCGGUUGGAAACGAGAAUUCGACGUCGCUGUUCGGGACGUCACGAAACCGAUUCACAUCGGAGUAUUCGAUCGAGCGAGAGCGGACGAACGCAUCGGCGUGUGCACGAUAUACCCAUCCUCGCUCCCGUCGUUUGGGAGAGAUAUCGUCGCGACCGUUCCGUUGCGCUCGGAGGACGACAGUGAAGUGACUGGUGAAAUCACCGUCAAAGCCUCGUUUAGAAAAGCGAAAAGCAACGGUCUCUUCUGUCGCACGUUUAGUACGAAUGGUAGCGAUGCGAACGACCCGGAUGCGAUUCCUGCGUCGUCCUCUUUCGGAGGAUUCGAGGACGCGGCCAUGAGUGUCGGAUAUUACGCCAGAGGCAAGCAACUCGCACGACAACUUUUAUUUGGCAUAAACGAUAUGGACGAUGAUAUCUUAGUCCGAGAUCCUUCUGUCGCAUUCGCGCAUCUCAGCGGUAAAUUUGGAGGUGGUUUGAAUACGCGCCACCAUCGCGAAGAGCGAGAGAAGCGAGAAGCGCAACGCCUGGCUUUAAUCGCUGGCAUUAACAAGCUUCCAACAAAUAUUGUUGAUACGUUGAUGUUUGAGAAGAUGCCACCAACGGCCUCGUUGUCUUCGUCUGCUUUAGCGAGCGCGAAUUCGAGCUUCGCUGCGGCGGCGGGGGAACUGGGAAGGAGAGGUGCCAAAAUAGGAGAGUUUGCGACGGUGCCUCCUCGGGAUCCGGCGGCUUCCUCGAGCAGCGACGUGGACGACUUGAACGAAGAAGAAGAGGCGUUAGGAAUCGAUGCUAUUCGCGCGAAAGCUGCGGUUAUACGAAUCAGUAUAGCGUUACAACCGUUCGCAUACGCUUUGAAAAGGCUCGAACGAGCGGUGCGGUGGCGAGAUUAUGCCUCGAGCGCUUCGUUACAUCUCGCGCUGCUCUUCUUUUGCUUCUUUCCGAACUACAUCGUCGCGUUCAUGUGUCUUGGUUUUGUCGUGCACUGUUCGUCGAACAACGAUGGGACGUCUGCAUGUCUCUUUGGAGCGGAAAAAUCGAGAAAUAACGAGAUUUUGCGUUCCGAUUCGGCUUCGGAGUUUACGAAUUUCCCGCCCGGCUCAAAGUUUGACGCGCCCAUCGGUUGGUUUUCAACUGUCGUUCGCGGCACGGAAUUUGAAAACGAAGGUUUGUUGAAAGGACCGAAGCAGCUUAACGAUGCCUUGUUCGAUAGAACUAUGCAAGUUAUCUUUUGGGUUCAGUGUCAACUCUCUUAUUUCGCGGAUUUCAUGGAAACGCUUCGAAAAGAAACGCUUCGAUGGGAAGACGGAAACUAUCGAAACUGCGUCGCGGCGCUGGCGUUUGCCGCGACCGUCGGCGCGAUUACGGUGUUUAUUCCGUUCGGAUUUAUUGUCUCCUCGCUCGCAUUUUACGCGCUCAGGCCGUCGCGAUUGUCGGUCCCUAAGUAUUCAAUCGUAAAGUUACGAUUGAACAACAACGUCAUGACAAGUUCCGCCGAAGAAGAAGAGGAAGAAGAACCAGAGGCGAGCAUAAUCCACCGGCGCGAAGAAGCGUAA